GCUCCCGUGCCCAGUCCUGCCGCGUCUUUCCCUCCCGCCCAGCGCGUCCCCCGGGCUCUGCGGGCUCCCCGGCCAUGGCCCCCCGACGCCAGGCCAGCCCAGGGGUCGCUGUCGCCUGCUGCUGGCUCCUCACCGUUGUUCUAGGCUUCUGCGUAUCAUUCAACGUUGAUGUGAAAAAUUCAAUGACUUUCAGUGGCCCCAUGGAGGACAUGUUUGGAUAUACUGUUCAACAAUAUGAAAAUGAAGAAGGAAAAUGGGUGCUUAUUGGUUCUCCUCUAGUUGGUCAACCCAAGAACAGAACUGGAGAUGUCUAUAAGUGUCCAGUUGGGAGAGGCAAACCAUUACCUUGCAUAAAGUUGGAUCUACCAGUUAAUACAUCAAUUCCCAAUGUCACGGAAAUAAAGGAGAACAUGACUUUUGGAUCAACUUUAGUCACCAACCCAAACGGAGGGUUUCUGGCAUGUGGCCCCUUAUAUGCCUAUAGAUGUGGACAUUUGCAUUACACAACUGGAAUCUGUUCUGAUGUCAGCCCCACAUUUCAAGUCGUGAACUCCAUUGCUCCUGUACGAGAAUGCAGCACCCAACUGGACAUAGUCAUAGUGCUGGAUGGCUCCAAUAGUAUUUACCCCUGGGAGAGUGUUACAGCUUUUUUAAAUGACCUUCUUGAAAGAAUGGAUAUUGGUCCUAAACAGACACAGGUUGGAAUUGUACAGUAUGGAGAAAAUGUAACCCAUGAGUUCAACCUCAAUAAGUAUUCAUCAACAGAAGAGGUACUUGUUGCAGCAAAUAAAAUAAUCCAGAGAGGUGGCCGCCAGACUAUGACAGCCCUUGGAAUAGACACAGCCAGGAAGGAGGCUUUCACUGAAGCCCGGGGUGCCCGAAGGGGAGUUAAAAAAGUCAUGGUAAUUGUGACUGAUGGGGAAUCCCAUGACAACCAUCGACUGAAUAAGGUCAUCCAAGACUGUGAGGAUGAAAACAUUCAGCGGUUUUCCAUAGCUAUUCUUGGGAGCUAUAACAGAGGAAAUUUAAGCACUGAAAAAUUUGUGGAAGAAAUAAAAUCAAUUGCAAGUGAACCCACUGAAAAGCAUUUCUUCAACGUCUCUGAUGAAUUGGCUCUAGUCACUAUUGUUGAAGCUCUGGGAGAAAGAAUAUUUGCCUUGGAAGCUACAGCUGACCAGUCAGCAGCUUCAUUUGAAAUGGAAAUGUCUCAGACUGGCUUCAGUGCUCAUUAUUCACAGGACUGGGUCAUGCUUGGAGCAGUAGGAGCCUAUGAUUGGAAUGGAACAGUCGUCAUGCAGAAGGCUAAUCAAAUCAUAAUCCCCCAAAACACGACCUUUAACGUUGAGUCUACCAAAAAGAAUGAACCUCUUGCUUCUUACUUAGGUUACACAGUGAAUUCCGCCACUGUUUCUGGAGAUGUGCUGUACAUUGCUGGACAGCCACGGUACAAUCAUACGGGCCAAGUUGUCAUCUACAGGAUGGAAGAUGGAGACAUCAAGAUUCUCCAGACACUCAGUGGAGAACAGAUUGGUUCCUACUUUGGCAGUGUUUUAACAACAAUUGACAUUGAUAAAGAUUCUAAUACCGACAUUCUUCUGGUUGGGGCUCCCAUGUACAUGGGAACAGAGAAAGAGGAACAAGGGAAAGUAUAUGUGUAUGCUCUGAAUCAGACAAUGUUUGAAUAUCAAAUGAGCCUGGAGCCCAUUAAACAGACUUGCUGCUCAUCUCUGAAGCACAAUUCAUGCACAAAAGAAAACAAAAAUGAGCCAUGCGGGGCUCGUUUUGGAACAGCUAUCGCUGCUGUGAGAGACCUCAAUCUUGAUGGAUUUGAUGACAUUGUGAUAGGAGCUCCCCUGGAAGAUGAUCAUGGGGGAGCCGUGUAUAUUUAUCAUGGGAGUGGCAAGACUAUAAGGAAAGAGUACGCACAACGUAUUCCAUCAGGUGGAGAUGGCAAGACACUAAAAUUUUUUGGCCAGUCUAUCCAUGGAGAAAUGGAUUUAAAUGGUGAUGGUCUGACUGAUGUGACUAUUGGGGGCCUUGGUGGUGCUGCCCUCUUCUGGUCCCGAGAUGUGGCUGUUGUUAAAGUGACCAUGAAUUUUGAACCCAAUAAAGUGAAUAUCCAAAAGAAAAACUGCCAUGUGGAAGGAAAGGAAACGGUAUGCAUAAAUGCCACAGUGUGUUUUGAUGUGAAAUUAAAGUCCAAAGAAGAGACAAUUUUUGUAGCUGAUAUGCAAUACCGUCUCACACUAGAUUCACUAAGACAGAUAUCACGAAGUUUUUUCUCUGGAACUCAAGAAAGAAGGAUUCAAAGAAACAUCACAGUUGAAGAAUCAGAAUGCACUAAGCUUUCCUUCUACAUGUUGGACAAGCAUGACUUUCGGGACUCUGUAAGGAUAACUUUGGAUUUUAAUCUUACCGAUCCAGAAAAUGGGCCUGUUCUUGAUGAUUCCCUACCAAGUUCAGUACAUGAAUAUAUUCCCUUUGCCAAAGAUUGUGGAAACAAGGAAAAAUGUAUCUCGGACCUCGCCCUGAAAGUAUCCACCACAGAAAAGGGCCUGCUUAUUGUCAGGUCCCACAACGAUAAGUUCAAUGUUAGUCUCACAGUCAAAAAUAAGAAGGACAGUGCCUAUAACACCAGAACCAUAGUGCACUAUUCUCCAAAUCUAAUUUUUUCAGGAAUUGAGGCUAUACAAAAAGACAGUUGUGAAUCCAAUCAUAAUCUCACAUGUAAAGUUGGAUAUCCUUUCCUGAGAAGAGGAGAAGAGGUUACUUUCAAAAUAUUAUUUCAGUUUAACACAUCUUAUCUCAUGGAAAAUGUGAUCAUUCAUUUAAGUGCAACAAGUGACAGUGAAGAACCUCCUGAAACCCUUUCUGAUAAUGAAGUAAACAUUUCUAUCCCAGUAAAAUAUGAAGUUGGACUUCAGUUUUACAGCUCUGCAAGCGAAUACCAUAUUUCAUUUGCAGCCAAUGAGACUGUCCCUGAAGUUAUUAAUUCUACUGAGGACAUUGGAGAUGAAAUUAAUAUCUUCUAUUUGAUUAGAAAGAGUGGACAUUUUCCAAUGCCAGAACUUAAACUGUCAAUUUCGUUUCCCAACUUGACAUCAAAUGGUUAUCCUGUGCUAUACCCAAGUGGAUGGUCGUCUUCUAAUAAUGCAAACUGCAGACCCAGUAGCCUUCAGGACCCUCUUGGUGUCAACUCUGGGAAGAAAACGAUUAUAUCCAAACCUGAAGAUCUCAAACGAGGCACAAUUCCGGACUGCAGUACGUGUAAAUUUGCUACCAUUACGUGUACAUUGAUUCCUUCUGACAUAAGCCAAGUGAAUGUUUCACUUAUCUUAUGGAAACCAACUUUUAUAAAAGCACGUUUUUCCAGCUUAAAUCUUACUGUAAGGGCAGACCUUCAGAGUGAAAAUACAUCACUGAUUUUAAGUACUGGCAAUCAAAAAAGAGAGUUUGCUAUUCAAAUAUCCAAAGAUGGACUGCCAGGCAGAGUGCCAUUAUGGGUCAUCCUAUUGAGUGCUUUUGCUGGAUUAUUGCUAUUAAUGCUGCUCAUAUUAGCACUGUGGAAGAUUGGAUUCUUCAAAAGACCACUAAAGAAGAAAAUGGAGAAAUGACAUAUUUUACAGGAGGAAGGAAAAAAAUAACAAUUAUUCGAUGAUCUAUCCUCAGGAUGCAACAGCUGUCUUCAUGAGGAAACACUGGCCUGUGAAGAGAAUGGUGUACUGUGUAUUGCUACUGUGAGGGUGUAACAUUGUUAACAGUGUGAAGAAUUGUAUCCAUUUGAUUAAAAAGAAAAAUAUUGUAUAUAAUAACUACUGCCCUGAAACCUGUAUCAUAUCCAAUAAAGUUUUCAGCAUGGUCUGACAUAA